AUGCGGAAAAAGAAGCAGUUCGCCGACUUAUGUUCUUUGAAACAAAGGAGUUCGGAGUCCCUGGCCGACUUCCUCAGCAAGUGGAAGAAGGAGUCGAUAGGGGUCUCCAAUUUUGACGACAAGGCGGCCAUACCCAUCUUCAGAAGCAACCUCAGAUCCGACGCCUUCCACCAGGACCUCAUCCGAUACUCCCCCAAGACCUACACCGAGUUGAUGGACCGUGCAUCUAGGUUUGCGGACGCGGAGGUAGCCGAGAAGAGGAAGAAGGAGGAAGAGGAGGGGAAGGACCGUAAAAGCAAGGAACCCCGAGAGGAGCGCCAGGCACCGCGGCCGCCCCGGCGCGAGGCCCAGCAAGAAGACCGCCGGGCACCCAGGCCUCCCCGCCGUGACUACGCUGAGGGGCCCAGGUUGACCCCCACACGCUUUCUCACCCCGCUGACGCAGCCCGUCAGCACAAUCCUGGAGCAUGCGGAAGGCCAAGGGAUCGUGGAGUACCCGGGGGAGUGCAUGAAGAUAUCCCCGAAGGUAGACCACAACAAAUACUGCAAAUUCCACCGACAAUCAGGGCAUGACACGGACGAAUGCAUCCUCCUCAAAUGCCAGAUCGAGGAGCUCAUCCAGAGAGGCUACUUGGGUCAGUUCGUGCAAUGGCCUGGACAGGGCCAAGGUCAGCAUCAAGGCCGCGUGUGGAGGAAGGGAGGCAGCUCCGAGCCCUCUGCCUCCGCGCCACGCAAGAGAGAACUCGACCAGUCACUGAUGAGGAGGAAAGAGAGCUAG